AUUGGGCGUCUGUAGAUUUGUGGGCCGUUUGAUUGAAGGUCAUUUCUAAUCUUUGAUUCAGUGUAUGAUGGUAAAAUGAUGUAGCGGGAUGAGACUGCGUAUGAUACCCGUGAUAUUCAAAGAAGGUAUCGUAGCCUCUCUUACUGGCGGAUUCUAUUUUGAUUCUUCCCAAACUCAUUUCGCAAAUGUCAUUCAUGUCUAUGUUUGGAUCAUCCUAUUUGUUAUACCUCUGGUUCUGUAUAUGAUUUCAGUAAAUUCCCACAUCACCGCAUUGCUUUAUGGGUUUUCUAUCGGGUCCUUCGUCCUUAUAGUUAAGCUAGUAAUUUGGAGACUUCAUGAUCUUCUGGAUAAAAGUGACCCUGUUGAUAAUAGUCAGAAAACUAGUAAAGAAAACCUAAAGAAACAGCCAUCAACUGGGCAUCAGACAGGUGUUCAUGAAGAUGAUCAGGAACAUUUUCAUGAUAUUAAUGACAUUGAAAACAAGUGCCGAAGAAUUGGGAUAGCCGGGAUUGAAUUAGCUGAUUUAAGAGACUCUACUUUGAACCAUGCUUGUCGUUUUACUGAUAGUGAAAUGAAUGUUGGCAGUCCCAUUCAAAAUACACAUAUAUUGAAUGACAAGGGGAUUUGUAAAUAUAAAUCUUUGAAAAACAAUUUAGAACCAGAUCUUGCAUUUUCUGAGAGUUUCACCAAUUCUAUCACGUUUCCCGUUUCUUCCUUUCAACUUGGACCUUCCACCUCACGAUUAAACUACGUUACAAUCGAACAGUCGCCUAAUUGUUCAAAUCGCGAUUCUAUGGUUCCUGGUCUAAGUGUAGUUGAAGAGAAACAAUCAACGGAAAAUAACAAGCUAAAUUCGUCAAACUCUAACUGUGCCUUAUUUUCUAAUAAUAGCAACCAAAUUUAUAAGAGUGAGACAAUUACUUCAGGACCACUGAAAUCCACAAUAUCAUCAACGUCAGCAGAGACAAAAAACACUGAUUUUACCCAUAAUUUAAAUGCAAGAACAGUUAAACCUAUUUAUGUAAAUACCCCGUUAAAAUCAUUUAGUGGGAGGAGUUGUCAGAGGGCUCCUGUUAGAAGGCAGUUUUCUGAAACAGCAGUAAAAAAUGCAUUUGAAGUCCAAAGGUUGGUUACGUUUUAUGAUCAGACUGAUCGAAUCCCUGGUUUACAGUUUGAUCACUUUGUUCCUGAGAUUACCAGUCCGAUUACAGGAGAGCUAUCAGUGGAAAAAUCUUCGCGUCCCAUUACUUCUAUAUCUGGUCGCUUUCUUGUGAGAUCUAGUUCAGUACGCACGGAAAUCGAACAGUGUAAGCGUAUUCUGAAUCAAUUGAAAUGGGACGUGAGUCAACUUCCUCCCAUACCUGUCACCCGAUUCACUCCCUCAAUGAAGGAUCUAGAUACCUUAGAUUUGAAUCCCAAGGUUCUUCAAUCAGCACCUUUAUCUUUUGUAAGAAGUAGAUCACAGCUCCGAAGACGUGCUUUGUUCGUAGAUAGGGAUCAGAAUAAGAGAACUAUUACGUAUUUAACUGCAUCCGACCGAAACAGCAUUCCAUAUUCCACUGAACUUUCACUAUCCGAGACAAUUUUAUUCUGGCGUCAGUGCUUUGGAAACAUUAACUUUGACAGGUCUGCGAGACGUCGACAUCAACAAGCUGACAUGAUUGCGUUCAAUGAAAUUCCCUUGUCCAAUAUGAAUCUUCGUCCUCGCAGACUUCCUAGAGGAUGGCGUUCUCACAGUCUACAUUAUGAUCCUGCAGCAAUGAAAUCAUUCACACUUUACCCUCGACAAGUCGUUCGACGUCCUGGUACAACUGUCUGUUUACAACGUCAACAGUCAGCUGGGUCGACUUCAUCAGCUGUAGUCAAUAGUUCUUCACUGCAAUAUGGUACUCCAGUAAAGAAAACUAUUCAAUUUUCUGUGAGUGAUUCACAUGAUUCUACUGAAUCUGACACUGUUGAAGCAAUUACUUUAGAUAGUCAACAGGUACAAAAUGAUCGUGACAACAUACCUGUUGAUGCAGAGCAUUUAACUUCAAAAUGGCCUACCAGUUCUUCGAAUGUUCUUGAUGAAGUUCAACCUAGUACACAGAGUCAUGAUUUAAACGAAAAAGUAGAUGAAUAUGUAGAAAAAAAAGUGAAGGAUAUAGAGAUUACCUCGUUAUGCAACUAUUUGUCUAAUGAUGGUUUUACUGUCGAUUUGCAAACACCAACAACUCAUCCUCUGGAUAAAUCAAGUUUAAAUAAGAUUGCUAAUGAUCAUUACAGUGUUGAGUCUAACAAAUCGCUUCUUACAAAGACUAGAGGGUGUAAUCGUUUAACUCGUCAAGCUGGAUUUCGUCGUCGCCCUGUUAUGGCCUCUGGUUCUUAUGGUCAGUCAAAAGGUGUAACUUCACUUAAAAAUGAAAAGGUGGCUAGUUCUCGUGAUAAUCACUUACAACCGGAAGUUACACAAGAGAUAAAAAGAAGUGAUGUAGACAGUAAUUUACAGACUUCGUCCAGUGUUUCGAAACCUAUAUCAACAAAUCCUAUUUCAGUCGAUCAAGCUGUUGACAAUUUACUCGCUCAUCUAAUGGGUGUUAAAUCAUUGGCUGAUACUGGAUUAACUCGACAGCAAUGCUUAUUUCAGUUGCGUGGUAAUGGAAAUACUGAAGAUUCAGAAAAUGCCGAAUGGGAUAUUUUGUAUGCCGUCACCGAAGCUGCCACUGAUAAUGCUACAGUAAUACCAGAACCGACUGAAACUAUUACUACUAAUAUUGCUACUAUUACCACUACUGCUGCUACAUCUCAAACUGACGGUCAACCAGCUCAACUCAGAUCUGCUAGUCCUGAGACAAAAAAUCGCGAUGGUACCUAUCAAGACGAUGCAUUUAAUAAUUUGGAUGAAGAUUCAUGGGAUUUACAAGAAAUCAGUAUCAAAGCACGUUUUCAAUCUACUAAUGAGAAUCAAGAGGUUGACGAUGAAAUUCAUACUCAAGAAGCUGUGGCUAAUCGAUCCAAUGACUCUGGUUCCGAUGGUAAUGGUGGUAAUAAUUCAUCGUCGAAUUCAUUACUUUGGUUUUUUCGUAAAGGUUUUAGACCUUCAAAAUUACAACAACAACAACAACAACAAAAUCGUCCAUUAUCAACUGCUCCUAUAUAUACUAUAUCAUUAUCACCAUGUUUUCCAUUUACGUUUCGUUUACACUUGAAUCGUUUAGAGUUGGGAUAUAUUUUUGAUAAAAGUUUUACUAUCAUGGAAAUUAUAUUAUGCUCUAUUUUGGCCGCUUUAGUCAGUAUUAUUGGCUAUUAUACGUUACGUACUGCAAGUUUUCAAAAUUAUGGACCAUUAGCAUGUUUCACUAUUGCUGGAUGUCAUUAUUCACUUAUGAAAAGUGUUCAACCCGAUCCAGCUUCACCAAAACAUGGAUUUAAUCGUUUGAUCGUAUUCACUCGUUCAUUUUUCUUCUGUUCUUUUGCUUCUAUCUAUCUACUGGCUAAUUACUUAUAUCAACCACAAAAAUCUGUACCAUUUUCAGGAGAAAUGUCAAGUAUAGAACAUACAGGAGAAUUACGUUUUGAAUCAAUUUCAACAAUAUAUCAAUCGACUAGACAAAUGUUACCAUUAGAUAUUGGUGAAGCAUCAAAUGAAUUAACAACAGAGAAAAUAAAUUGGCGUGUGCCUAAUUUUUAUCAUCUUUCUCAAUCUUAUAAAAUGAUUGUUGAACCUUCUUCUUCUCCAUCUACUAUUAAAUUCUAUGGUGUUAAUUUAUCUGUAGAUCGUUUAACCUGCCUAGUUAAAUAUUCAUCUAUAUAUGUUCUAUUAAUAUUUCCCAUAUUGUUCUGUCUUGGCUUGAUGCCUCAAAUAAACACUGUACUUAUUUAUGCUUUAGAACAAUUAGAUAUUCAUAUUUUUGGAGCAAGUGGUACUACUGGACUUUUUUCAGUAAUAUUAUCUAUUUUUCGAACAUUCAUAGUGAUUGGUUUGACAUUUGUUCCAUGUUAUUAUGCAGUACAAAAGUCCGAUCCUCAAUGCAUGUUAUUCUCAAUAUUUUGGGGUAUACAAAUUGCAUUGUGCUUUUUACUAAGUCGUCUACCAUCGAAUACUAUACUUUAUGAGACACUUUUUCCUUCUGAACGUCGCAUAUACUAUUGGUAUCGUAUUCGAAUGUUUUUCUACAAUGCUUGGCAUAAAAUAACUGUAAAAUGUAAUUUAAUUUUUCGAUCAAAAGAGAGAAAGGAAAAGAAGAAAACACAGAGAUCUCAAUUAACUUCUAUCGAUAAAUCUAAUUGGUGGAGACGACUACCUCUACUGUUUCCUAAUCUUCGUAUGAAAUCUACAAAUGCAUCAUUUAAGAAAACUGAUGAAAAUGUUGAAGAAUUUCUCCUUUCUCGUCUAACACACACAAAAGAAUGUGUAGAUGUUGAGAGUGGAGUGCCAGUUCAAAGUAAUAGUUUGCCAUGUCGAUUGAUCAGUCGAGAUAGCUUAACUCAGUCAACUUCUACACCCGCUAUUAAAUACAAUUUUGAAGCACCUUCAACAAUUGUUGUAUCAUCCAGUUGGAUUGAAUCACAGGAUGUUAAUAAUUAUGAAAAUAAGAAAUUCUCUACACUUGAUAAGAUUAACAAUAAUACUAAUAAUGGUGAUAACAAUAGCAAUGAUGAUAAUAAUAAUCAUACCAAUACAUUACCAUCAUUUGUAAUUGAUCAGAAUCUAUCAGCAUCUGUGAAUACUUUAACAAUAAGUAAAGAUAAUUCAAGAGUGACCACCGAACAAUAUCAAACCACCGAUUCAAAAACAACACAAUCACAAUUUAAAAAUGAUGAUCCUCUACCAAAUUUAAUUAGAAUCUCAUUAUUGGCACGUUUUGAAAAUGAUUUACUCUCUUGUAUUUUAUGGUUCAUUUUAGCGUUCCUUAUUCAUUUGACAAUUACUAUAAUCAAUACUGCUAUUGAUUCUACAGAUUUUCAUUCUUAUUAUUACUGUUACAUUUUAAAUUGGAUCAGUGUUGUACUUGGUUUUCUGUUGCAUUAUGUUUGGCCUAAUUUUAGAAAGCCGUAUCCAUGGUUACUGCUUGUGAAACCUGUUGUUGAACCUGAUCUUCACGGAAGAAUUAUUCGCUGGGAAGUUGCUUAUUUUUGGCUUUGUUGGUUAGAAAGAAACGUGUUCUUGCCUGUUAUUACUAUGUGUAUGGUCACUCAAUCUUUUGAUUCAGUGGCAGUGAAGUUUGGACCGUUACUAUCCACAUUCAUAAUUAUUGUAUGUAGUAUGAAAAUGUUACGAAAUGGUUUUUGUUGUGCAAAACAAACUUACCUAAGUUUGUUUUUCACGAAUUUAUUAUUUUCAUUUGAUUUCUACAAUUUUAAAGAAGCAUUCCCUAUUAAUUAUUUCUUUGUAUCACUUCUUGUUAGCAAGUUUAUUGAAUUAUUCCGAAAAUUGCAUUUCAUCUAUGUGUAUUUAGCUCCAUUCAAUAUUAUUUGGGGUUCUGUUGCACAUGCAGUUGUACAACUUGGUUCAAUUCCUCACUCUGUAUUCCUAUUCGCCAAUUGCAUUUUUUCUACAAUUUUAUCAGCACCAUUGGAACCUUUUAUGGCUAGUGCAAUUUUUAUUACAUCUUAUGUAAGACCGAUUAGUUUUUGGGAGACUAAUCAUCGGACUCAACGAAUAGAAACAACUAAUAUGCCUAUAGCAGCUCAAUUGAAAGGAAUUUCCAAACAUCAGGUAUCUGGUAAUCUAGAUGGCAUAUUUUAUGAACAUUUAACAAGGAAAUUACAACGAACAUUAGCCGGUGAUUUACAACUUGGACGUAUUGGCGGGUUAACCGUUCAACAUGGUGAUGUAUUCAUUUUAUCAACUGAUGAUUUAAACCUGUUGAUUCAUAUUAUUGAAGUAGGCAACGGAUUCGUUACCUAUCAACUUCGUGGUCUUGAAUUUAUCGGUACUUUGUGUCAUGCUAGUGAAUCAGAAGCAUUACGUUCAGAUCCGCAUAAAAGUAAACGAUUCUGUUGUUGUCAUUCAAAAACUAUUCAUGGGAUGUUAAGUUUUAACACUGCUGUUCGUUUACGUUGUAUGACAUGGCAAUUUGCAUAUACACCAUAUAUAGUUGAAGGUUAUGAAGUUACUGAUCACAGUGCUGGAUUAACAUUUCAAUUGACAGACUUACGGAAAGUAUUGAUCAGUCGAUUUGUUCAUUGUAUUAUUUAUUUUGUUUGUAAAUUGCCGAAUUUAUCGAGUCGAUUAACUCAACUAACACCAUGUUUAGAUUCCAAUCGAUUUUCAUCACCAGAUUACUUUGAUUUGGAUCCUGUAUUUUUCAAAGCAAUUGAUGAUGACUUUGAUGAAGAUGUUAGUGGUGUUACUAAACAACGUUUUAUUCAAAUUUAUUCCGAUUGGAUAGCAUAUUGUUUAAAAAAACAAAGUGGAAAUUCAUCUGUACCAUGUGGUCCUGAUUCACCUGUGGUGUCGUUAUGUUUAGCUUUAAGCUUACUUGGUAGGCGAUGUAUGGGUGGUCAACAGUCAUCAAAGCCUAUUUUGGAUCAAUUCUUGCAUGGCGUGCACCAAGUGUUUGCAGGAGAUAUUAAUUUAGUCCCAAGAGAUGAUUGGGUUCUUGUGGAUCUUGAUCUUCUUCAAACUGUUGUUACUCCUAGUGUUCGUAUUGCAUUGAAACUGUAUCAAGACACAUUUACAUGGUCAUCCGGUAAUACACAUAAUGAAUUAUACAAGAAGAUUGUUUAUACAGAGAAAAAUGUUGUAAUUUGUCCAGAAACUGAUCCAAAAUGGCGAUUUGCUGUUUUAAAUGAUGCUGAUUGUUUAUUCUCAUUUCGUUGGGUAUCUGGUCGUACAUCGGUGGAUGUUUAUCGAAUUGUUCAGUUAACUAAGAGAAGACUAGAAUUUAGAGCUAUCAAAGUUAGUUCAUUUUUACCAAUCGUAAAAAGGUCAUCACUUGUAUCUUGUCUCUUUACAUCAGAUUGACUUAAGUUGUUAUUGCCAUAGAUAAAAGUUGCUUUUCGUAUCAGCGAGUAUGAAUGACCCUUGAAGUUUUAUUACCCCUCUUGAGCUUCAUUAAUUAAAUGUUGCUAUGGUAUUCAAGUGCUUUGGUUUUUAAUUUUGCCGUGUAUUUGAUUACAUCAGCUAUUCUUAUGCUUUGUCCUGUUGUAUACACAGAAAUUGACUUCGAUUACAUCAUUAAGUCGUAGAGAAGAUUUUAAUGUUGUUGAGUUGUCCAUGGUAAAUAGUUUAAUUGUGGAGUUUUCAUUCGCGUUCUUGACAACAUCAUCACUUACUUCAUUUUAAAGUUAUUUUCAUAGUUAUUCCACGAGCUUUGUCCUCUAAGGUUUCAUGAUUCAGUCAAUUGGUUGAUUAGUAUAUGGAUUGUCUACACUAAUGGCAGUGAGAAACGGCGCGAGCAUCUAGUAUUAUGAGAAAAUAAGUAGUAAUGCGUUUGAUCGAAUGUACUGCUAAACUAUAAAAAGUACUAGAAAAAGAAGUCACUAUUGUUAUUUGUAUUUGGUCUUUCCAUAUCCUUUGUUUUCAGUUAUAUUUUUUAUAAUUUUUUUGUUGUUAAUAAUAGUUAAAUCCUGAAUGUGUUCGAGGUUUAUGGGCUGGUCAACAACGUGAACAAAUAUUUUUACGUAAUAAUAAUGAAGAACGUGGUAGUAUACAAAGUGCUAAUCCAGUCUUACGGAAUUUAGUCAAUUCUAGUUGCGAUCCACCAAUUGGUUAUCCAAUUUAUGUUAGUCCUUUAAUUACUAGUUUUGCUGGCGAUAAUGAUGAUUAUAUUAAUGUAUCUGGUGGAGAGUUAUCUUUUGUUAAUAUUUUAUUACGUAUACGUGAUUGUUGGAGACGUUUUCGUCAAUUAUGUGGUUGU